AUGGAUGAGCCAAACAUAACGUUUCAUCCCAGCGAAGGCACAGAGAACAUCUCAAUGCACAGAAACAUUUCUACACAGGAAAGGGUCUGGGAGAUAUUGACCCCACUUUGGGUAAUUAUGAUCAUCUCCUUCCUGGGUUUUUGUGAAAAUGGAAUUGUCCUCUGGUGCCUCUGCUUCCAGAUCAAAAGAAACCCAUUCACUGCGUACAUCACACACUUGUCCAUUGCUGAUAUCUCCUUACUGCUUUGUACGUUUAUUCUGUCGAUUGAGUACAUUGCUGGUUUUGGAUUCGCAUAUGGUUUUUACUAUUAUGUAACCACCACACUAUCUAUUGUCUUCCUUCUUGGCUAUAAUACUGGUCUCUAUCUCCUGACAGCCAUCAGUAUUGAGAGGUGUCUGUCUAUUGUUUACCCCAUCUGGUACCGAUGCCACCGGUCGCAGCACCAAUCGGCGAUCGUGUGCGCGAUUCUGUGGACUCUGUCUUUUUUCAUGACAGUGGCUGAAUAUUUAACAUGCAAAGAUGAUUCAACCAAGGAACAAUUUGACGACGGCAACCAUUGCCAAGCACUGCUCAUCUUCACAUGGAUCCUGACUUUCAUGAUCUUCAUUCCUCUAAUGAUUCUGUCCAGCCUGAUCUUGGUUAUCAGGAUUCGCCGUAACUCCCUGAGACCUCAUUCAUCUAAGCUCUACAUCAUCAUUGUGGCCACAGUCAUUGUCUUCCUCAUCUUUGCCAUGCCUAUGAGGCUGCUGUAUCUCCUGAAUUACCACCACUGGUCAUCUUUGCUCAGCCAGCAGAACCACGUCACCAUUGUUCUCUCCACCGUUAACAGUAGCAUCAACCCCCUGGUUUACUUCUUUGUAGGAAGCAGCAAGAAGAAGAGGUUCAAGGAGAGCCUCAAAGUGGUUCUUAGCAGAGCUCUCACUGAUGGCUUGCGGCCAAGAAGCCAGGAGGUUGGCAUGAGCUUGGAUAUAGCCGAAACAAUUUUCUAAAGCUUAGGGGGGAAAUUCUAGGGGCAAAUAAUUGGAUGUGGAAUAUUUAAUAAGGCACUGCAAAACUAAAAGUAUUUUUCAUAG